AUGGUGGCGAUGAUCCGCAUUUUCAGCUUUCUCUUCCUUUCUUCGGUGCAGGCCAGCCUGCGUGGUAAGAUCAACGCGACUUCGGGAAGCUUGAGUACCGAAGCCCUGCGCGAGACGGUGCUCCAAGAGGUGAUGGCGGCCCUGGGAAGUGGAAACCGCGUGACGCAGGAGCGGCUCUCGGCGAUCGAGAAGAUCGUGCGUCCCACGUUCGAGGCGAUGCCCAAGAACGACCAGGGCAACUUGGAGGAUGCGGCUGCGAGGUAUGUCUUGCAUCGACUAUUUGUGCAGCGUCACGCGAUGUACAUCAAGGGCCUGGAGGCCUCGGGGAUGAGUUGGAACCAAAGCUCCACCAAAGAGGUUCUGGAAGAUCACGUGCCGUCCUUCGUUCUGUCGCUCUUUGAGGAUCGAUUGAAGGGGCAGGGUCUUGGACUUCAUGAACUCACAGUCUUGGCGGCCACCUUGGAACACCUCAUUCACGACGAGGCUUUGAGUCGCUUGGGCGUGGUUUACCAGGCGCACGGCAUUCCCUUGAACAACUCGGUGAACGAGGUGGAUCUCCAGAUGCUGAUCGACACCUACAUGACCAUUUUCUUGGUGGGAUCUGACAUGAACGCCACCUCGGUCGCCGAGGAGCGCGAAAGAGUGGUGGAGACCUACCCCGGCUGGGACAACACGCGCAAGUUCACUGAGAACGUGCGCGGGGAUGUCCUCGCCAAGGCUGGAAAAAAUGCAGGCCAAAACUUCUCUUUUGACAUGGCCACCCAAAUUGUGGAGGAGAUCGGUGAGCGCUAUGGCCAUUGGCAAGAUUCCGAGUGCCGCGACUUGAAACGUCUCUUGUCGAAGUACGAGCGGCCGGGCACCGGCCGGGUGCUCUUGAAGGACUUCUAUGGUGCCGCCUUGAGUGGCAACUGGCAAUUCUCCGAAUCUGUGGACUACUUGCAAGAGCUGGGAGCGCUGGACACGACGGAUCCCAAGAAUUUGGCAGUGCUGAUUCCAAACUACGUGAAUUCUCAGUCCAACUGCGUUGCUUCCUCGAGCAUCUACUCGGUCUGCUGCAUCAACGAAUGCGAGGCGCUCAUGGGGCAUUUGGAACGUCAGGUGGCUGCGCCUGAGGCCUCUCCUCAGCAGCUGUUGCAAUUGGUCUCCCAGUUGCCAAGUGCCUCUCAGCCGGCCAGACAGCCCUCCUCGGAGCUGGCACAGCGAUUGGAAGAAGUUGCCACGCACCAUGAUGGCAUGGUGCCUUUGCAUGGACGUUUGUUCGCACAAUGGCUUCAUCACGCCUAUCCUCGAGAGUGCCCAUAUCCGCAUCUCACCGGGAAGACGAACCCUAUGACUGCCGACCAGUGGAUGCAGGCCAAAGGUCAAGGAGUGGCAGCCACCAAGGAGGAGAUGAAACGCUUCGUGAAUUCCAGCCCGAGGGAGGCGCCAGCAGCGGCAGCCAACCUGCCGUGGAGUCAUGAGGAAGAGCUGGUGGCCAAAGACAAGAGAUCCAGCUCUACAGGCUUCUUCAGGAAGGCUCUAUGGCUGCUGGCUGCCCUUGGCAUCACAGGCCAGAUGUUGCGUGGAGUUUUCAACAUGACGCGCCAGGGAAAGGAGACAACUGCCCGCGGUUGUGGAGAGAGGCGAAAAGUCACCAUUGAAUGGCCAGAUGGCCAGAUGUCAUCCUGCUUUAAGAUAUUUAAACACCUCCAUCUGUCAAUCCAAUGUAUUUCUCUCUAUCUCUAUGUCUACCCUCUGGUAAACUAA